AUGGAGAAUUACUUUCCAAAUUUAAGCAAAGGAUCUGUUAUCACUUUCGUGAGGAAAGAUACUGGAGAGCGGGUUGAGGGAGAACUCUAUGGACUGACAUCAUAUGCUGUCAAGCUCAAGAAUGUAUCUAUGUCGACGAAGGAUAGAAAAUAUGCGCUUAACCCAGAGAUGAUUGGCAGCUUUUCUCUAAGUAACAUUGUGGAGCUUGAGGUAGUUAAAAGGGAAAUUAAAGCCAACACUAAUCAGGAUGGUAAUAACAAUGAAGGAUCAUCAUCCAGAUAA